UAUUGACGGAGUUCAACCCCACAAAGACAUUCGAUGGAAGAAAAAUAGUGCAGGGGGAUAUUGCAUUACCAUGGGGACGUUCAUCUUUGAGGGAUGUGCAAGAAAUGAAAGGCAUCGUCAAUGUUUUUACUUUAUGGACAAAUGGCAAAAUCUCCUAUAACUUUCAUAGUUCAGUGGACGAUAAUUUAAAAUCCAUGAUUGUAGAUGCAAUGAAAGAAUGGGAAAAACAUUCAUGUUUGAAAUUUACAGAAAAGCCAACGGAUUUCAGCUUUUUACGAUUCAGAGCAGACAAAGAAGGUUGUUGGUCUAUGAUUGGCAGGGUCAACGGAUUUUUUACUGGACAAGAUGUAUCCAUAGGAGAACGUUGUAAUCGAUCCAAUAUCAUCAUUCAUGAAAUUGGACAUGCCAUCGGGUUCUACCACGAGCAGUCCAGAAAUGACCGUGAUGGCUACAUACACAUAAACUGGCACAACAUGCCUGUACAAAGGUAUUCCCAGUUCGAUAGAGGAAUCGAAAGUCCAAGAGGCAUUGAAUACGAUUAUAAAUCGAUAAUGCACUACGGACCGAUGGCUUUUACUGGAAAGUAUUUCCAAAAGAACACAAUUGCGGCCUUGAAUCCUCAUUUUCAGACACUCAUUGGAUCUGGUGAGGAAAUAAGUUUCAGAGAUGCCAGAUUGAUCAAUAAAAUGUAUUCAUGCAGUAAUGGUUGUCCUAACAGAAAUGAGAGUGUAUGUCAGAAUGGUGGUUUUCUUUCUCCCUAUCGAGGUGAUGGAGCCAAUUGUACCUGUGUUUGUCCACCAAAUUCCUCUGGACAAUUUUGCGAGAAUGCCGAUGAACCCUUAGAAUAUUAUGAACGUCCUCCAUGCGGUGGAAAUAUAACUGAAGAAACUGAGAUACAAACUCCUGGAUAUCCAACUAGAAAUCUCCCUCCUGAUUCAUGUAGUUGGUGGAUUCAGGCACCCGAAGGAAAACGAGCAAGAAUAGAAUUUAUAGAUUUCAGUUUUCAUCCACGCUUUGAAUCUAACUCAACAAUCUUUAACCAAAAAUGUUUUCACGAAAGAGUGGAAAUCAGACUCAAGAGUAGAUACGACGGAGACAUACAUCCCACCAGGUACCGUAGCAACAUCUCCCGGCAAAGAAAUCAUUAUCAUCAUUGAUACUAAAAAAGAAGCUCAAGCUGGAAGGGGACUUAAAGCCAAAAUAUCAUUUAUUGAUCCAGAUUCACAGCAGAAUUCUACACGGACUAUAUCAUCAUUUUUACCCAUAAACUAAUCAAAUAAAGCAUUUUCA